AAAAAAACCAUCCACUUUGUUUCUAAGUUGAAAACGGAGCGUGCUGUGGGUUUUUAGUGAUUCGACGCUGUUGUGCGAAUACUUUUCAUUCAGGGUGGCAAUAAUAUUUAUGUUUUGUUAGUCCUGCUGGCGAUAUUAGUACUGUGUCGAUCACGUUACGAUCGUAGAAAAGUGAUGUUAUCAUGUUGCAAAGAUCACGACAUGACUACGUUGAAUAAAACCAGUUGCCCAACGGAGAAUGGAGGCUUACAUAAUGAUCGCGUGGCGAUAUUAGAUGCUGGAUCACAGUACGGAAAGGUCAUUGAUCGAAAGGUGCGCGAGUUGAAUGUAAAAUCAGAUAUUUUACCUCUGGAAACGUCUGCCUUAAAACUUAAAGAACUUGGCUACCGAGCAGUUGUCAUCUCCGGUGGACCAAACUCUGUGUACGCCGACGAUGCGCCAAAGUAUGAUCCCGAUAUUUUUAAAAUAGGCUUACCGAUUCUAGGUAUAUGCUAUGGAAUGCAAAUAAUAAACAAAGAAUUUGACGGUACCGUACAAAAGAAGGAUAUUCGGGAGGAUGGAGAACACACGGUUGAGGUCGAAGAUAGCUGCCCCUUGUUCAAUCGUUUGCAGCGUUUGCAAAAGGUUUUGCUCACCCACGGUGACAGUAUUGACCAAGUGGGUAGCAGGCUGAAGGUGGGAGCAUCGUCUUCGAAUAACCUUGUGGCCGCGAUCUACAACGAACAGUUACGCAUCUACGGCUUGCAGUUCCACCCAGAGGUUGAUUUAACGGUGAAUGGUAAACAGAUGCUCUCCAAUUUCCUCAUGGAUAUUGCCGGAUUACAACCUAACUUCACCAUGCGCAACCGCGAGGAAGAAUGCAUCAGCUACAUUAAGGAGCACGUUGGCAACGGUAAAGUGUUGUUGCUGGUUAGCGGCGGUGUGGACUCUACCGUAUGUGCCGCUUUGCUCAGACAUGCCUUAAAACCGGAGCAGGUAAUCGCUGUCCAUAUCGAUAAUGGUUUUAUGCGCCUGAACGAGAGUGCGAAUGUCGAAAAAUCGUUACGAGAGCUGGGCGUGGAUCUGUUCGUUAAAAAUGCAGUCUACAAGUUCAUGAAGGGUACGACCACGGUAAAGCUGCCUGGUUCACUGUACAAUCAGGACACACAGAUGUUGUGCCAGACGAUCAGCCCGGAAGACAAGCGCAAAAUCAUUGGCGACGUGUUCGUGAAGGUGUCGAACGAAGUGUUGCGCGAGAUGAAACUGAACGCGGAUGAAGUUUACCUUGCCCAGGGUACACUCCGUCCGGAUCUGAUCGAAUCCGCUUCGGCGUUGGUCAGCGCGAAAGCAGAUACAAUCAAAACGCACCAUAAUGACACGGAACUGAUUCGGCAAUUGCGCGAUGCCGGGCGCGUCAUUGAGCCCCUGCGAGACUUCCACAAGGACGAGGUGCGACAGCUAGGGUACUCUCUGGGCCUUCCAGCUCAUCUCAUUGAACGACAUCCGUUCCCCGGCCCCGGGCUGGCAAUUCGGGUGCUUUGUGCCGAGGAAGCAUAUAUGAAAGACUAUUCCGAAACGCAAGUCAUAGUCAAAGUGAUAGUAGACUACAAAAAUAAGCUCGAGAAAAAUCAUGCACUGCUGAAUCGCGUUUCCGGUACGACCACGAAGGAGGACCAGCAGCAGCUCUGUCGUAUUUCAAGCACGAUCAAGUUGAAUGCAACGUUACUGCCAAUCCGAAGCGUCGGUGUGCAAGGGGACAAACGUUCGUAUAGUUACGCCGUGGGCCUGUCUAGCAAGGACGUGCCAAACUGGCAGGACAUGCUGUUCCUUGCCAAAUUAAUACCGCGCAUCCUGCAUAAUGUAAAUAGAGUUUGCUACGUUUUUGGCGAUGUUGUGCAGUACCCAGUGCAGGACAUUACCCACACCCUGCUCACCGAAAGUGUCGUUUGUCAGCUGCGGCAGGCAGAUAGUAUCGUCAACAAGAUCCUGCUGGAACACGAAUGUAUGCGUCAAAUUUCGCAAAUGCCUGUCAUACUGAUACCAAUUCAUUUCGAUCGUGAUCCGGCUCAGAAGACCCCGUCCUGUAUGCGGUCCGUCGUGCUGCGACCUUUCGUUACGAACGAUUUCAUGACUGGCGUGCCAGCGAUCCCCGGCACAGAUCGAUUACCGACCACUGUGCUGCAAAAAAUGGUAGAACAAGUGUCAAGCAUGCCAGGAAUCUCGCGAGUGCUACUUGACCUGACGUCCAAACCGCCGGGCACCACCGAAUGGGAAUGAUUCCCCUUAUCGAAAACAUCUUUAUUACUCCCGUUUCCUUUUGCACACAGCCACACCGAACUAACAUGCCGGUCGUAGAGGCAACGAGCGCUACCGACAAAAAGGUGGAAAAGGAUCAUGAUGCUAGAGGAAAAAAUGAUCACCACUUGGCUUAAUCUUCACCAUCUAUCGUGGCUGUUAUCGUCGUGCUGCCUAACGCGCGCUAUGCUCAUCAUACGCCAAUCGAGUUUUCAUUUUUGUUUUUGUUACGUCUCUGGUUUACUUUGCUGAGAUCUGGAUGCGGAUUGUUCACCCUUCAUUUGGCACCUAAAAAUAGUGAGCCGACGUCUCUCAUCUUUAGCACUGUUUUGCUAUCAUCCAUCUCGUUAUCUCGUUGCACAUGGACGAAGAGACAAAGCGGUGGAAAGAUGAUUGGUUUUGUGUUUUUUUUCUCGCGUAUUUACUCGCCAAGCGGAGAUUAAGUUAACCUGUUCAAAGCUGCCACUAAUAGCGUCCCUAAAAAGUGAAUAACACCAUCAUAUCGGGAUUAAUAGGAUGAAGGAAUCUUUUCUCGUCCGUCGACGACGAUAAGCAUUUUUAUUAUGUUUUCUAAGCUUUGUGCAUCAUAUUGUUUUUCCUGGCACCAAUUAACUGCUGACUGAUUAUUCUUGUGUCCGAAAGGUGGUAUGACAUUGAAGAGGAAACGCAGUCACUGAAAUGUAGACUCCUUUUAUUGGUUUGCGUUCGAUUAUCGUAAUAUAAAGAAUAACGGAACAAGGUCCGCAUGACUUAAAGGCAGAAGGGCCGAUUUUUUCUUCACGUUUGAAGGGUGGAGACGACUAUUCUUUUCUCAAGCAAACAGUCAGACGAAGCGAAAAUUCAACUAGAAGUAUCCAAGCAGCGUUUCAUCGCGACGGAAAUCUGCCCAACAUCAGCUCUCCACUCCCACAGCCCUCCUAUGUCAGUGUAAACGAAAACAUUUAAUAUUUAAACGUGAACACUGUAACAGUCCGAAGGUUCCGCGGCAAAAUGUCAAUAAAAUCGGAAGAGCAAUUGAUAACAAAACCAGUACCGAACAUGAGAGUGAGUCUGCAAGUGGUUUUGGCGAAAGAGGAAACCAUAUGAGAAAGGACAGGACGGGCGCAGCUCUGCAACCGGCAUAACGAAGGCUCUGAUUAUGUUGCAGAUCUUAAAUCACGGUGACUACCACCAAUAACGAAGCUAGGGGAAGCAGCAGAAAAAAGGAAAGUCUGCAGUAGAUAUUUUUAUUUAUAUGUAAUGGAGGAUUAAACCAUA